AUGAACCAAUCAUCGUCAAAUAACCAAGGUUUUGAUGGAUCCGGAAAACCAUAUGUCCUACCAAGUAUCCCCAACUCACUGAUGAUGACGCCACUGCCAUCUCCAGUUGCGACAACUCACUCGGAUAAUCAACAAACUUACAAAGAUUUGGUAGCUUCUAUCGACAAAUCUGUUCUGAAUAUCUAUGAGGCUGGAUUAGCUAUUCAUAAUGGAUACGCGAGGGGUGAUUCAACAAUUCAACACCAAGUUACGAAGUUCGUCGAAAAAUAUGCGUCGCGCAUUUCUGGGUCAUUAAUGCCUCCUCCUUCACCAGUGAUGGACCCGCACUACCUUUUCAUCAUGACUCAUGGAUAUGGAUGUCUGACUCAACUAUCAUUCCAAAAUUCGGUUCAUAGUCGAAACAAGGCAGAGAAAGAAUCUAUGGAAUUGGGUGAAUUGACGGGAGCUGUAUGCAAUCUCGACGAAAAUACGCAGUUUUUUUAUCCUAUAGAAUCGCCGUUUUCUGGAAAACGUAUCGAUUUGCGAGUGGAGAUGCCUAGAAAAACUAAUGUACCAGCACAUGUGCUCAUUAAAAGGCUCAUCUUCACCAUACUGUCAAGAUCAUGUACUAUUCCAACGGAUAUUCAGGAUGUAACCUGGUCGGUGCCAGAAGACUCAACUUCUCUCCGAACCUUGAAUCCAACACCUUUCCCUAGAAGUCUUUACGAUGACAUUCAGAGUCUCCUUCUCCAAUACUUUCGACUCGAUGAAGACUUGCUGUCUCGUGGAAGUUAUGACAACGAGACAUGCAAAGAUAUGCGAUGCCUUCUAGGAAUAACGGAUCCCAGUGCCAGAAAGUCGAGAUAUAUGACUCUUCACAGGGCGAAAAUUACAUUUAUGACAACUACAUAUCAUGUUCAAUUCAAAUCAGCACUGACGGACUUAAAGCGAGCUACUUAUAUCCCACCGUCAAUGGGACAACAGCACGGAGUUUUCAAGUUGGAAUCACACGCAGCGAAACGUCGGAGAAAUGAUGGAGAGGACGAUUAG